CAAAGAGAAGAGAGUGGGUAGAUCUUCAAUAGCAGCUCCAUCAUACAGAAAGUCGGCUGGAGAUGGAUAGCUUCGAUAUAAUGUUCCUGACAAGCGUCUGUUUCUGCCUUCCUUUAACCAUGGCAGUCAGCUGUUGGGUGUAUUUUGUGGUACGAAGGAAGCAAGUCCCCAUCACCUACUACACAAACCUCUUAAUCUCCAAUCUAAUCCAGUUCAGCGGGCUGAUCAUCAUUUUUAUCAUCAAAAAAACCCGUGAACUAUUUCUCUAUCGUUAUGUUUCUCUUGGCAUUUUGUGCGCUGCUGUGAUUACUAAUAUUAGCUUCAAGAUGUGCAUUGCUACUGAAAGGUGUUCGGUCAUCACCCGUCCACAGUGGAACUGCAAAGGUUCUGUGCUGCUCUCUGUUCUGGUCUGGAUCCUGUCUAUUAUCACUGGAUUUGUUGUUGCAUUCUUCGAAAUGAUUUCAUGCUCUGAGUUAAUUUUUUUUAACCUCGUCCCUUUUUUCCUGUUCGUCCUCACUUUGGUUUGGACCCUCAAAACUCUGCCUGCUGUCACCUCAGUGCCCACUGAAGAAAAACAGAGAAUUGUAGGAAUCUUAGUUCUGUUGUUAGUUAAUCAUUGUCUGAUAUUCCUUCCUCUCAUGAUCUGUUAUAUCUUAUCAAUUUCACCUUAUUUUCUCAUUCCUAUAAUCUUCGUAAAUUUGUUUCUGUUCAAUCCUUUCAUGGAUGUGAUUUUGGUUUUUGUGAUGCGGAAAGACCCCAUCGACAAUCAGCUGUUGUCUCUGUGCUGCUACACUGGUGGAGAAGUAGCUGCAGAUAAAAUGCUACAGCUUCAAUGCUGCAGUGACUGUAACAGUACAGUGCUGUACACAGCACUGCAGCAGAUGUAGCUGCACAUAAUCAGACAG